UGGACGAUCAUACACACAAUGAGGAGCUUUAUCUUGAUAACAGCUUUACUUCUCUGCAGCCUCAGCUGGAUCACUGUCUCAGUUUCUGAGUCUCAGACUGUGGAGGUCCAGCCUGGUGAAGAAGUCACACUGCAGUGCUCCAACAUCUCCAGAACUCCAACUCACACAUUUUGGUCCAGAUUUGUCGAUAGAACCGAGAUCAGCUGUAUCUCCUCUAUGUACGGAUCUGGUGGCAAUGCUGAAUACUGUGAUGGAUUCCAAAAUGGGAAAUUCAAAAUGAGUUCCAACGUCUCUACUGUCUCUCUUAAAAUCACGCAAGUGGAUUUAUCUGACUCUGGGCUGUAUUUCUGUGGAUUUUACAUGGAUGGACGCCACAAUGAAUUCAGUGAUGACGUGGACAGCGAGUGUAAAAGUAAGAUUCUGUUAAAGUUUUCUUUUAUUGCACAAACUGUCAGUCAACUGAAGGUGAAACUAGAUUCAUUUUUAAUGUUAGCAGGGUGCCAAAACACUGAAGCUAAAGUAGAAUCUGAUCUUUCAAUCUUUCUUGUAGAAGAGUCUGAUGGAAUAACAAAGCUGAUGAGUGUGAUCCUGGGUGGUUUGACUGUUUUCCUUAUAAUGGUCGUCAUUGGUCUGGUUGUCAAAAUCAAGACGCUUCAGACAGCUCCUAAUGAAGAACAAAAUACACCACAGAGUGAGAAUCUGGGCUCUGAUAACCUGAACUACGCAGCACUGAGUUUCAAUCCAAAGCCCAAAAGAAUCCGAAGGCCUGCAUCAGGGAGAGAAGUGGAGCCAAAUGUGAUUUAUGCUGCCACCAGAUAGACUCAGGAAGCACAUGGAACUGCAGCUUAGAGGUCAACUGAUAACUUGUUCCAGUAUAUCACUCUGCUGUUGUGUUUUUGUACAGCUGGCAGGUGGGAGAAGCAACUAUCACCAUGUCAAAAAAAUCCAGUUUGUAAUAAAGAUGUAUU